AUGUCCGCCGACACUCAAAUGCAAAAGGCGAUUCUUGUCACCGGCGCGACUGGCAAGCAGGGUGGUGCUGUAAUCACAUCUCUCCUUGAAGCAGGUGCCGCAAAGACGCAUAACAUCCUGGCAGUCGCUCGCAACCCCGGUUCGGCUUCAGCCAAGGCGCUUGAAUCUCGCGGAGUCAAAAUCGUGCAAGGGGAUCUCAAUGAUGUGCCAGCUAUUUUCGCAGCAGCGAAAACACUAUUGGGCGGCCCUGAAGCCGAAAUUUGGGGGGUUUACAGCGUACAGACUGCGAUAGGCCAAGGGGCUUCUGCAGCAUCGGAGGAAAGGCAAGGGAAAGCCUUGGUUGACGAAGCACUCGCCAAUAAUGUCAAGCAUUUCGUCUACUCAUCCAUUGACCGCGGCGGUGAUUCAUCCUACGACAACUAUAUUCCUAGAGUCCAGCACUUCAUCGGCAAAUAUCGCAUUGAGCACCACCUUGUUGACAAAGCAAAGGACAAAAUGUCUUGGACAAUCCUUCGUCCUGUUGCAUUCAUGGACAACUUGACGCCGGGAAUGGGUACCAAGGUCACGGCGACCUCCUGGAGGGUAGCUGUGCAAGACAAGCCCCUGCAACUCGUCGCGGUGAGGGACGUGGGUUGGUUUGCAGCCCAGGCGUUCCUUCGCCCUCAAGACUUUUCUGGCAGACAAGUCCCGAUAGCUGGCGACGAACUUACCCUCCAGGAGGCGAAUGCAAUCUUCAAAACCAAAGUGGGCAGUGAAAUACCAGAAACAUUCCAAUUCUUUGUGAAGUUUCUUCACUGGAUGAUUGCCGAUUUUGGAGCGAUGUAUAGGUGGUUUUACACGGAUGGAUUCCGUGUCGACAUCCCCCUCGUGAGAAGAGAGCACUCCGGUUUGCUUACCUUUGAGGAUUGGUUAGAGAAGGAAAGUCAAUUCAAGACAAAAUCAGCAUGA